GAAAAGGCUAAAGGCCACUGCCAUGAAAGUACACGAGCACGGGCGUGCAAGAGACCAAACAGUAGAGAGCAAAGAGCAGACAAGUCAAGCCACACCAACCCCGGUGCCACUGUCACCGCCACCGUUUAGCUAAGCUAAACUAACAUCAUGGCGUCGCUGCAGCUGCAAGCUGUCGCUGCCGUCCUGGCUCUCGUGGCCGGCGCCGGUGCCGCGCACAGCUUCGAGUUCCACGAGGCCACCGUCGAAGCCAUCCAGCUAGGGUUCAGCAACGGGACUCUGACCUCCACGGCGCUCGUCCGGUUCUACCUGGAUCAGAUCGGCCGCCUCAACCCGCUGCUGCACGCCGUCAUCGAGGUGAACCCGGACGCGCUCCGGCAGGCCAAGCAUGCCGACGCCGAGCGCCGCCGCGGCACGGCCACCGGCUCGCUGCGCGGCGUCCCCGUCCUGCUCAAGGACAACAUCGCGACCCGUGACGCGCUCAACACCACGGCGGGGUCGCUGGCUCUCCUCGGCUCUGUGGUGAAGCGUGACGCCGGCGUGGCGGCUCGGCUCCGGCGUGCGGGCGCCGUGGUGCUCGGCAAGGCCAGCCUGUCCGAGUGGGCCAAUUUCCGCCCAGUCGAAGCCGGGUGGAGCGCCCGCGGCGGCCAGGCGCGGAACCCGUACGUGCUGUCGUCUACCCCGUGCGGGUCGAGCGCCGGGUCCGGCGUGGCCGUGGCGGCGAACAUGGCGGCCGUGACGCUCGGCACCGAGACCGACGGCUCCAUACUUUGCCCGUCGUCGUUCAACUCGGUUGUCGGCAUCAAGCCGACGUUGGGGUUGACCAGCCGGGCCGGCGUCGUCCCCAUCACCCCGUUGCAGGACACCGUCGGACCGAUGUGCCGGACGGUGUCGGACGCGGUGCACGUGCUGGAUGCCAUCGUCGGCUACGACGCGCAAGACGCCGCGGCCACCGGAGCGGCAUCCAAGUACAUCCCGCACGGCGGGUACACGCAGUUCCUAAAGAAAAACGGGCUAAAAGGCAAGAGGAUCGGCGUCCCCAAUGGCUUCUUCCAAGGAUAUGACCAGACGCAGUUGAAUACGUACAAGCAGCACCUCGCCACAAUGAGGAAACUUGGAGCAGUGGUGAUCGAGAAGCUGGACGUCGCUGCCAAUUUGACCGCUCUAUUCGUUGAGAUUUAUUCCAAGGAGGGGAUUGCGAUGCAGGCAGAGUUCAAACUGAGCAUAAACGCGUAUUUGGCAGACUUGGUCUACUCCCCGGUCCAUUCGCUAGCAGACAUCAUAGCUUUCAACAACAAGCAUCCUGUGGAGGAGAGGCUAAAAGAUUUCGGGCAGCCUGAUCUUAUCGCUGCCCAAAGCACAAACGGCAUUGGGCCUGUAGAGAGAGGCGCGAUCCGCCGCCUGAAGGAGCUGAACGCGAAUGGGCUAGAGAAGCUAAUGAUGGAGCGCCAAUUGGACGCGGUCGUGGCGCCUAACAGCGAUAUUUCUAGCCUUCUCGCCAUCAACGGCCACCCUGGCAUCGUUGUGCCGGCGGGGUACGACGAGAAGGGGUUCCCCUUCGGGAUAUGCUUCGGGGGGCUGCAGGGGUAUGAGCCGAGGUUGAUCGAGAUGGCCUAUUCUUUCGAGCAGGCUACCAAAGUGAGGAGGCCACCCAUGUUCAAGCCCUAGCUGAAUAUAACUCUUGUGUAGCAACAAUGUAACACGACGGCUAACAAAACGGCUCCACUUACACUUUUCUCGUUACAUGUCAAAGAAUAAACCCUGCAAGUAUUACUUA